AUGAACAAGAUCUUGAAAAAAUUAUCGUGCUUUGAAAGAAAAGUUAAAUCUUUACGAAUAUUCGAGUCCAGGUCAUCACUAUCUUCUUCGUCUUCUUCCUCUCUCACUCCCCAGAAACAAUUCGACGUCUUUCUAAGCUUCAGAGGCGCAGACACACGCAAAAACUUCAUCAGUUUCCUCUACAAGGCGCUAGACUCAAAAGGGAUCCGAACUUUCAAAGACGACAAGGAGCUGGAGAGAGGCCGUCCGAUCUCGCCGGAGCUUCUCCAAGCAAUCAAAGGGUCGAGAAUCGCCGUCGUCGUCGUCUCCGCCAAUUACACAGCGUCCGACUGGUGCCUCGAAGAGCUCAGGGAGAUUCUGAAGCUCCACGAAAAGGGUUUGAUCAAGGUGAUCCCGAUCUUCUACGAGGUCGAUCCUUCGCAUGUGAGGAGACAGAUCGGAGAAGUCGCGAAACAGUUCAAAAAGCACGAGAAGAGACAGAGCAGCGAAAAGGUCAGAUCUUGGAGGCUCGCGCUGUACAAAUUCGCUAAUCUCUCCGGCGAAUGUUCAAAGAGCUGGGAAGAUGACUCCAAGUUAGUCGACGAAAUUACUGAGAGAGUAUCAAACAUGUUGUUCGCAGCAACACCAAUCAACGGCAAUAACCUGAUCGGAAUCGACGAACACAUGAACGAGUUGUCUCCGUUAAUGGCUCUGAACUCAAACGACGACGUUCGAGUGAUUGGGAUUUGGGGAAGAGGAAGUAUCGGAAGAUCAGCACUCGCUAAACACGUCUACGAGAACAUCUCACACCACUUCGAAGCUCAUUGUUUUCUCGAAGACGUGAGGAAGAUCUCGCAGUUCUCACUACAUUGCCGGAAAUCUCAUUUGCAAGAAGAGCUUCUCACGAAGAUGAAAGGAGAAGGCUUGAUGAUGAACAACACGACGAAGAUGAUCUCUUAUAGCCAUAGGUGUAAUCUCAACGCCAUCAAAGCGAGGCUGAGGAACAGGAAGGUUCUGCUUGUGGCUAACGAUGUGGACAAGAUCGAGCAGUUGGAUGCACUUGCUGAGGAGUUUAGCUGGUUUGGUCCGGGGAGUAGGAUCAUCAUAACGACGCAAGACAGGCAGUUGCUGAUUUCGUCGGUGGUUAAGAGUGUUUACGAAGUUGAGCUGUUGAGAUGCUAUGAAGUUCGUCAGCUCUUUAGGUCGUUGGCAUUCAAACAGAAGGAGAAAGAGAGAGAUGAUGAUCCUGUUGGUUUUGAGCGGUCUACGUUUGAUGAAGCCACCAUGAAUGUUCCUGGUAUCAAUGUUUUUACGACCUUGAGGUAUAUAGUGGCUUUGUUGUGUAAUAGAGGUCAGCUUAGGGAAAGACUAAAUGCAAUAAUAUAUAGUCUUUAG